AUGACCUCCCCAACCAGACGCUCUGCAUUCAGGUCUGCCGUGGCUGGCCCCACGUCAGGCAACAAUUCCAAGGUGAACAACGAGAACGACGAACCCAAUUUCAAGGACACCGACAAGGGCACCACCAGACCUCCGCCCCACGUCGAUGUCCCAAUCCUAUUGAAGCUCGAAGCUCGCAGCUCCAUCUCCCCCUCCCAUCCCAACCUCGAGCAAAGCAUGCUCGCCAUCGAGCUUCAAAACCAGUUCGCCCCCGACACCAAGCUGCGCAAGAAGUCCGUCCGCUUUGCGCCCGACAACUCGCGCCUGCCGCCUCCGCGCACUCCCAAAGUCCGCAGCAAGAAGCACUUAAUCCGCUUCGAGGACCACCCCGGGCUGUCCCAGCUCGAGAUCGGCGCACUCAGGGCCGCACGCAUCAUGUCCAUGCCAAGCCCUCCCAAGUUCGGCGCCCCCGACUACGACUCUGACUCGUCCGACGAGGAGGACACCAUCAACUUCAUGUCCCGGCGUCCCACCAGAAUCAAGCCGGCCCGGGUCUCGGCCCCGCCUCCGCCUGCAGCACGCUCGAGCGGCAACGUCUUCGCAAGGAACGGUAAUAUCUUCACACCCAUCCAGGCCUCUUCUCAAGUUCAGGCAUGGCCGGUUGGUUCAUACAAGGCCGCAAUGGCCGCCGACAGAGCGAAGAAGGCUGAAGAGAAGGCUCGCAGAGAGGAGAAUGCCAGGAAAGAGGCGGAGCAAAAAGCCCAUGACGAGAACGCCAAGAUCGACGUCGAGGAGGAAGCAGCCGUGAUAGAGAUGCUCGAAUCCUCGCCCAUGCAGCUACCUGAGGAACUUCCCGAGACACACACCAACGCGCCUAAAGAUGCCUUUGACGAGACACCUACCGAAGCACCGAAGCAGUGCUCUAACGAGCAAUCUGACGACGUACCGGAACCGGUGUCAGCGGUGCCUCCCUCCUUGUCCUCCUCGCCGCCGCCCCCUCCCCCUCCCGGCUCUCACCACCCCAUCAGCGCAGCCCCUGAGACUCAGCUCUUCUCCGCCCGCAAAUCCGAGCAGGCACUCGCAGACGUCGCGGAGGAGAGCACCACAAAGCAAGCCGUGGAAGACACCAAAGAUACCAAAGACACCAAAGAUACCAAAGUCAACGAAGACACCGAAGACGAAGGCGAAUGGGUCCUCGUCGACGCAUCCGCAGACCAGCAUUCGUCUACCGAGUCCUCAAACCAGCCACGCAGAUCGCCGACGAUCCCACAGGUCAUCCAGAGGGUCACGCGGUCGAUGUCCAAGGGAAUCCAGGCAAAAUUACGCGUCGUCUCUGGCGGAUCCAAGACCAAGCCGAUCCCACGCGCAUCCAAUGCAAGCAGAGCCUCAAGGGGAGCAGGAAAGGCGAGACAGUUGUUGACUAAGAAGAAAUCCGAGACGGAGAUGACCAGAACCAAAACCAGGACGAUCUCUGCUGCCGAGUCGAGGGCGCAGACCAUGCCCGCGAUCCACCAGGUACGCACAGCUGCCAUCGGUGACGCCGAGCUUGUGUUGACAAUCCCAAAGUCUACAUCUGUCCCAGAGCUUCCGCCGACUGCCUCGAGCUCGAAGCCCAACCAACUCAAGAGGCGUUGGGUGGCCGACGACGUCCAGGUAUCCUCGUCCAAGAAGCGCAAGUUCUCGGGACAAGAGCCGCCAGCGAAGAAAGCCAAGCUCUCAGCGACCACCGAAGUGUCUGUUGUCGUUCCACAAGGUCCUGCAGCACCCACGUCUCAGCAAGUCGUCUCAAGCACUCGUGUUUCUGGGAAGAGGCGUAGGGAUGCUGAUGAGGAAGAGCCGUCGUCCAUUGGAACUCGUCUGGUGAAGAGACUCAGGAAGUUGUGA